UCUCACAGGCCAGUUGAAAUUGAGACGCGACGCGGUGCGAACGGUUUUCGGGCUAACGAAAGUGUGUAUGACAUUUUUUUCUAAUAUGUAAUUUGCGCAUUUAUUAUUCGUUGUUUCGGUUCGCAAUCCGUAACGAUUUUUGUUUGCAUUUUUUAUUUUAUUUCGUUUACCUUUAUGAUCAAAAAGUGUCGCGGGUUUGUGGAUUACUGCUAAAAAUAGUGUGCAUUGAUUUGAAAUUGAAAUGAAUUGACGAGCAGCGGACUUGGCAGCGAACUAAAGAUUGACAACACAAAUGCUAUUAGCUAGUAUUUGACUUUUUGGGGUCAGAAGAAAACGAUAAUGAAAAGGUUAUUAUUCUGUUCGUAUAUUUCUAUAGUUUACCAAACACAAAGACAUAUUUUUUACGACAAAGACUGUAACUGUAAAAGCGACGUAGUAAAUCGAAUUGAGUUGAUUUAGAUUUUUUUGUUACUGUUUCGAAUCCAAGUAUAAAUCGAAUAAAUUGAAAUGCUCCGCUGGAGCCAGGAAUGUACGUAAUAUUUCCGGCGGAUGAACUUAUAUCGUUAACGUACGGAAUCGCAGUACCACGAGUACAACCACGACCAACUCUGGACAACUUGCGGGAACUUGCCCCCAUCGGCAAUAGGCCUGUUUCCACCACAAACCUGUCCUUCCAGCAGAUAAAUGAGCCCCGUCGGAACAAAGUUCAACCACCCCGGCCAAGGACACCACCGAUCCUCUCACCAAGAGAUAGAAGUCCUAGCGUUAAUUUUUCUCCGGAUGAUAGAAUCUACGAUUACGAUGAUAGAACUCCCUUAUACGACACCGAUACUACCGUGAACUAUGUAAACAGGGACCGUUUGCUUCCCCCCAGCCCAUCUCCGUUGUCCAACCCUUCUCCAACGACGGUCUCUAGAUCUCCAAAUCCCAGUUCAGGUGUAAAAGCGAAAGAAAAAUCCAAAUCUAGACUUCAUCUUAAGCUUGGACGUCUACGGCCACAUUCCUCCAACGAGCAAAGUGACUCAGCUCGAAUCCGCGAAGAUUUGCAAAUCCACGUAUCAAAUCCUGUAUUCACGCGUGAGAACCUGCGGCAACGUAACUUUGACGCAUUUUUCGAGUCCGGCGAGACCGUUUAUUCGCUGGAGAAGAAGGAAAAACCACCGGUUAUUGAUCCUAUUGAAGGCGAUCUUAGUAAUGCCAGCGGAUAUCCUGCUGGAGGCACCCAGUCGCGUUCAAUUUCUGUUAAUUUCUUUCGUAAAGCCAAAUCACCAACCACCAAGAGUGCCGAACUAGAGUACGAAGAGUACCAGAAAGAGUCAUUGAAAACUCAUCGUAGCAUAUUUAGAAAUAAACGAGGGGGAACAACUCCGAAUAAUAUCCCUGCAUCGCUGCAGCCUCUAGGAGGAAGCAUGUCUUCUUCUGGAGGCUUAUUGAAGGAUUUAGGUCAUCCUGGUUUCAACGAGACACUGAAAUCCCACAACACUGUCACAUUUAAAUUAGUUAAAACAGUUUCCGACUUCACCGAAACCCUAGCACAACUUUACGAACAACAUGCCGAAGCACUACAGUUACUUGUCUCAAAUUACCGAAAAAGAAAUGGCGAGCUGCGAAAGGAAAGACCAGCAUGCCAGUCAAAUUUAUUCUUCGCUUGGGAAACAUUCAUGCAAGAAAUCGAAGCUGAUUCCCAAGCAACCAUCGAUGUCGCCAGCGCUCUCUCCAGACAGAUCGCUCGACCCCUGUUGGAACGUUCUUUCUACCGGAAAGUACAGAGCAGAAAGGUUUUCACUCACAGGGAAUCAUUCGAUACCAUUAUUUCAAAGACUGAAGAUAAACUAUCGAAAUGCCGAAUAGAUUACAAAGAUGCGUACAUUGCUCACCGUCAAAAUCCGACCCAGCAAACACUGACACAGUACAUCGAUUCCCACAACGCGUACGUUCAGCAGUUGCAUGCCACCAAUGCAAUGUUGAACGAAUAUCAUUGCGAGACUUUGCCGCAGCUCAUGCAGGAAUUGGAGGAAAUUUACAGUGAUUUAUGCACCAUUGUUUCGGAAGCGGUGUUGCAAACGGCAGAAUCAAUUUCGGCUAAAGCGCUCGAACAAUCAAAACGGUAUGACAACUUGGCAAACCAGUGCAAAAAUGUGUCUCCCUCACAGGACCUAGGAUACUUUGUUCGUAGCCUACCAGUUCCUGCUAACUCCCAACAGAUUCCUAAAAAGCCUUUUGCCCCACCUCAGCCGGAAGAAGGGGAAGAUUUUGUAGAUUACGGAAUUAAUAUUUUGGAUUCAUCCGCAUCACUGCUUAAAAAUGAGCUCAUUGUGGACAGCGGGGCGUCAAUCCAGGUACGUCCUUCACUGGAGGCCUUGAAACGAGAAUCACAGGAAUUGGAAAUUCAAAUCAAACAACUGCAAGAUUCAGUAGAUGCUUUAGUUCGGUCGCAAAUUAAAGGAGUAGAAAAUCAGCUGUAUAACAAAGCGAACGAAAUUCAGGAGGAUAUAUCUAUGAAAAAAUUCGACUUGCGAGCAAAACAGGUGCAUCUCGCAGCCGUUAGAGCACAGAAAGAGUUAUUUUUGGGUAGAAUAGAUCCUGGUUCACCUCGCGGUGAACGUAAAAUGUCUUCAUCUAGUUCCUCCUCAAUGAAGACUAAGUGGUUAAAAGCGUUCAGAAGUCUGAAACCGACCGGAUCGGCAAAUGACAGGAAAAGCGGAAACGGAGCUCAAUUGCGUUUUGACGGAUCAGACAACCACAAUCUUUUAGAGUAUACGUAUAAAAAAAUUACGCCGUGCGAUGUUUGUUCGCAAGUUUUGAGAGGACACACGCGACAAGGUCUCCGGUGCCGGAUAUGUAAAGUGAACGUGCACGCCGACUGUGCAACUCAGCUACCGAAAUGCCAAGUCAAGCAAAAGCUGCUCAGGCGCCAGAAAAGCACAUCUGAGAUCGAGAGUCGCACCGAACUAGAGGAAGAAAAACCAACCGACAUCGAUCAGAUCUAUCAAGUUCUUAAAAAGGCGGGAGAAAUCUCGAGCGGCAAGGUCAGUGCGGUCGAGUCCAGAGUUCAAGUGAACUCUACAUCUACCAGUGAUGCCAACGCAGUGAUGACUGGAGCAAGCAACUCUCAGCUUGAAAUACCAGUAGUCAAUGUGCCUGCUUAUCCGGAUCGUACGCCAAAGAAGGGACCAGUCAAACCUCAGUGGCCAAAUUUCCAACCUCAAGGACUUUCGGCACCGUCUACAAUGGACAUGUCCAAUUCAGCACCACAUUCACCUCGCCGCCAAAAGCUGAACCUUAGAAUGAAAUCAUUAAGCUUGGACUCGCCAGAAUCGUCUGAAUUGCAUGGACAAAUUCGUCGACGACACCCUGGGCCACCGACUCGCGGCGGCCAUGGAGGUUCUGGUGGUCACUUAGAACACAGCACGCCACCAUCAAACAAUAGUAGAUUACACUCUCCCUCGAGCCCAUCGGGCACACAACGCAAACUUUUGUACGCUAGCCGGGGUAUGAAAUCGGGUUCGGUCGACCUGUCGGAUGAAAUCGAGAGAAGUCAAUCAUCGACCAGCACAUCCCCAUGCCCCUCACCGGUUCGACAGGCACAGAAAACUCAACGAUUCUUGCCGACCAACAUUUACGUAGUUCUGUUCAACUUCAAAGCACGUCAUCAGGAUGAGUUAGAUUUGAUUGCAGGAUAUAAGGUAACGGUUAUCGACUCGUCCGAUGAAAACUGGUGGAAGGGUAAAUGUUUGGGCAAGGUCGGUUAUUUUCCCUCUAAAUAUUGCACCAAGCUAGGAGCCUCGGAGAAGGUGCUCCAGGUGACCUACCCUCUGCACAUAACCGAUAAUGAACGCUGUGAGGUCAAGCUGCAGAGAAAUCAAAUCGUGAUACAGAUUGCGGAGGAGGUUGGUGGAAUGGUGAUGGUUCGCUUCCCUGACAAUCAUCAAGGUGUCAUUCCUACAAAGUAUUUACAAGAAGUCUGACUACACGACGAAGAAGAGCUGGACCGAGACCGAGAUAAAAACAAUACAAAAA